GCGCUGCGGGCCGGGUAGGGGUAGCGGAGCUGCGAUGCGGACGGGGCCGAGGCGGUGACCCGAGCUGCUCCUCGACAUGAACUCGCUGGAGCAGGCGGAAGACCUCAAGGCGUUCGAGAGGCGACUUACUGAAUACAUCCAUUGUUUGCAACCGGCCACGGGACGCUGGAGAAUGCUUCUGAUCGUGGUAUCUGUCUGUACAGCUACUGGUGCCUGGAACUGGUUAAUAGAUCCUGAGACACAAAAGGUGUCCUUCUUCACAUCAUUAUGGAAUCAUCCGUUUUUCACCAUCAGCUGUAUCACUUUAAUAGGCUUAUUCUUUGCUGGCAUACAUAAGAGAGUAGUUGCACCAUCAAUUAUAGCUGCUCGAUGUCGAACGGUAUUAGCAGAGUACAACAUGUCUUGUGAUGAUACAGGAAAGCUAAUUUUGAAACCUAGGCCUCACGUUCAAUGACAAUCUGCACUCGUUGUUAUGGGACUUACAACAGCCUUUCUUCAACCAAGUGAUGCAGCAACAAGCCAUAAAGGACUCCUGUGCGGUUGGCUGUGUGAAGGCCACAGCAGCGACUGGUGAGAAGUGUGCAAUAUGUGCCCAGAGUCUCUGGAGGAUGCUGACGACGCGCGCUGUCAGUGCUCGCUACCUUGGAUCACCUGUGUUUCAGUGUUAGUGUCACUUUAGUACUUCAGACCCUGCGAAGGUUUUUGCAGAUGAAGUAUGUAUGUGUGUUACUAAGUUAAGCUUAGAACCAGAACCUCAUUCAGUUUUUAUAAUGUAUUUUUGCAAACUACUGUAAAUAGCAAAUCAAUGCCAAUGUUCAACAAAGAGGAGACUGCUGUGUGGACUGUGUUCUCCUGCACCAGUAUUUCAGGAACAUCUGCUUGCCACUCACAGCUCUUUCAAGCCGGCUAUUAUGUGUGCCUUCCAUUCUUACACUUCUCUUUCAACCCAACUGCAGGAAAAACACCAGAUUCAGCUUAGGCUGAGGGAAACGCAUCUCCAUUAUGUCCGAAGAAAUUAUAGACGUUGCAAGAAGCAAAUUUUGUUAAACCAGAUAUUGAAUCCUGCAACUAUUGUGGUUAUGUUUUUUAGUUCAUUGUUUUCUUUGAAAUGCUAAAUGUACUUUAUAUUUUUUAAUUUUAAGACCAUCCCAAAGGCUUCUGAAUAUACAGGUUUAGUUAUCAAUUAUGUGUUGUCUGGGAAUUUGAUCGUCACUGUUCUCGGUAGUUGGGUUUUAUGCUGUGACCCUAGUGUUGCCCAGGUGUGACUGAUUGUCCUGCUCCCUCACCAGGAUGACAUGGGGGUGGUGCCACAAACUGGAGUCUACAAUUCUCACUGUUUAGAGAGUGUUAAUGACAUACUGUGUAUGCAUAAUAGCCACGUGUACUAUAAUAGCCCUUAAAAUUAAACUAUUGGGAUUGCUGUAAAUAUUUUAAAGUACUGGAGGUGCCUUUUACCUGUUUAUUAGAAGAUUUUGAAAAGGUUUAAAUUAUUUCAUGAGCAAUCUUUUAAAUUUCAUUUAAUGUAAAGCUGAAAAUUCAAUAAUAGGACAAAAACUUUUUAACAAGGCUGCCAUCUAACCUAUAUGUGUUCAUGUUGGCUUUCUCAUGUAUAAAAUUUUAUUCUUUGAAUUGCAGCAAUAAAGCCCUCAGCUCCUAAGAAGUCUUAAGAGGGUAUUCUAUAUAUUCUGCUAUGUUUUAUUUUCUGUAAAUUUUGUAGGUAAAUAUGUGCAUAAAAAUAAAUACUUUAUAUAUAACUAUG